GUUUGGUGCGUGCAGACGUGAAAAGGUGAUAACGUUACAAGAUUCUGAUAGAUAAGCGUGGAUGUAUCGAAAGGAUCAAUUGACACAAGAACGUUUGUGAAGUGACAACCUGAUGGAAGUGGAUCUGUUCCUAGCGGGGGCUAUCGGAGCUCUAAUCCUGCUGUUCUACUAUUACGUAGCUAAAAAGUAUGAAUACUUCCAAUCAACGUCGAUACCGUGCGUAAAGCCUACCUUCCUACUGGGUAGUUCCGGGCCGACCAUGUUUCGUACAAAGGACGUUACAGCACACAUGAACUCUCUAUACUACACCUAUCCGGAGUCCAAAAUGAUAGGAUUCUUCGAUCUUAUGAGUCCGAUGUUUAUGGUUCGCGAUCCGGAUAUAAUAAAGCGCAUAUCGAUCAAAGAUUUCGAUCACUUCGUGGAUCACACACCGUCGAUGAGUAACGCAGCGACCGACGAAGAAAUCGGCGGGGAGAGUCUGUUUGGUAACUCGGUGUUUGCGUUGCGUGGCCAAAAGUGGCGGGACAUGCGAGCGACGCUGAGUCCGGCGUUCACCGGGAGUAAGAUGAGACACAUGUUCGAGCUGGUCGCGGAAUGCAGCAAAUCUGCGAUUGAAUUUCUAACGGCAGAGGCGAAAUCGGGUAAGAGGUUGGAGUACGAGAUGAAGGAUAUCUUUUCACGGUUCUGCAACGAUGUUAUCGCUAGUGUCGCCUUUGGCGUCAAGAUUGAUUCGCUGCGGGAGCCGGAAAAUGUUUUCUACCAAAAGGGCAAACAUCUGCUGACUGAUGGUCAAUCGCUUUGGUUGGUUAUCAAAGUUUUUCUGAUCAAAAUCGUGCCAAAGUUGUCGGAGAAGCUAAAUGUGGAAUUUGUUAAUGCUGAUUUGGCAAAAUAUUUCAAGAAAAUGAUUGAGGACAAUAUGGAACAGCGAAAGUCCGGUGGAAUUGUAAGAAACGAUAUGAUUCAAUUGCUGAUGGAAGUGCAAAAGGGUACGCUACAACACCAGAAGGAAGAUCAGGAAUCAAACGAUGCUAGUUUUGCAGCAGUACAUGAGCCCAACGUCGGGAAAUCAACGCACUCACGGGUGUGGACCGAGAAUGAGUUGAUCGCGCAAUGCUUCGUGUUUUUCUUCGCUGGAUUCGACACCGUGUCCACAUGUAUGGCGUUUCUGACUUAUGAACUUACUAUCAACCCUGAUAUUCAAAACCGACUGUACGCAGAAAUUCUUCAAACAGAACAAUCUCUUAAUGGAGCUUCCCUAACCUAUGAAACGCUUCAAAAGAUGGAAUAUUUGGAUAUGGUAGUAUCGGAAACGCUUCGUAAGUGGCCUCCUGCCGUGGUAACGGAACGAUUCUGUACGAAAGACUACCACUACGACGACGGUGCUGGAACCCGGUUUGACAUCAAGAAAGAACAAACUGUGUUAAUUCCGACCAUCUCCAUUCAGAAUGAUGCCAAGUAUUUCCCCGACCCGGAGCGAUUCGAUCCGGAACGGUUCAGCAGAGAGAAUCGGGCUAAGAUUAAUACCGGAGCGUAUAUUCCGUUCGGAGUGGGACCGAGAAAUUGCAUCGGCUUACGAUUGGCACUGAUGGAGGUUAAGAUGAUUGUGUACUAUUUGUUGAAAGAUUUCGGCCUUGAGCCGACAGAGAAGACACAAAUUCCUUUGCGAAUAGCGAAGAAUUUAUUUUCGCUGGAAGCGGAGAAGGGAAUUUGGGUUGAGCUGAAAAACAGAGAUGCUUGACUAGUUUGG